ACAGACGCACUCAUUUUUUCCCUGUCUUCUCGCGAGGAACAAAUUCUACCCCGUCGUGUGUGCGGCAGCCAUCUUUAUUUUGGAAACGUGAAUAUUUGUCAGCAUUCACGGGCUUAGCACGGGCAAUUUGCGGAUCGUCGGAAGCGUGUUUCGUGUCGGCGAGUGGAAAAUCGAACGGUAAACGGUGCGAAAGUGGUCAGAGGUGGUGUGCCGUGGGACAAUCGCUCGCCUGCGGAAGCACACCCCGCUGCGUGAAAAGCCAAGCGGAACGGAUCGAAAUAGCAGAAAAAAAACGCAAGCGAAGAAGUGUUCUCGUUGAUGUGCGGUGGUGUGCGUGCGCCUAUUCAUCUCGACGAGCAGAGGCAAACACUGCACAGCACAGCUGCAGGCAGGCAGAGGGCAGCAUUAGCAGAGAACGGCAAAGAAGGAAAUGCGCCAAUGUUUGUUUCGCGUGCUGCAUCCAAGUUCCCUAUUAUUUUGAUACGCCACAAGCGGAUGGUUCGUGUGUCGAUCGGAACAAUACACGGUAUGCGGAGUAGCAUCGGACAGUUGAAAGGAUUCCCCCUGGCUCUCGUUGCGGAGCUUUAAACGUACAACUGGGGAUUCUUCACACAAACACACAUAUACAUACGCAUUUACACACAAGCGACGAAACGGAAAGUGUGUUAUGUUGUAGUGUGCGGUGCGGCAUACCGUUCUAACGCAGUGAAAUAAAGCAAUAGAGGCGCAUUCGGUGAAAAGCUCAACAUUCUUCUCCCCCUGUUUUGUGCAUUCACAACAACCUGCAAGCGGCAGCGGCGGCGCAUCGCACACGAAUCCCCUCGGGGCACCAACUAGAGCGAACCCGGAGGAAGCGCGCGACGUGUGUGAGGAUGUUGUCAUCGGGCGCAUCGGAAGAACUAAAAAUAAUUCUUUAAACGCCGGCGGCACAACCAGGAAUAGAACAAUUUCUUGUGUGUUUUCUUUUUCCCUUCAUCGCCAGCAUGCUGAAAUAGUGGCGUUUUGUUGGGACAUCAAAGUGAGUGUGUGUGUGUGUUUGCGCAAACCGAAAAGGACGAAGUUACGAGGCACAAAAAACACACAGCGCUGCCACCGAUUACACACGCCAAGCAACCACCACUACACAAGCAGCAAAGGAUCACACGCAUACAAACGCAGCACACACACUCGUCGGUGCACACAAAGGAAAACCCCCGCACGGUCAGCAGCUGUCGUCGCUUCGUCCCUGCCAGGAGCGCAUUGUGUGCGUGCGUGCGUGUGUGCGCGUGUGUGGCAUAAGAAUAAAGGAUUAAAGCCACACCACACCAACCACCGCUUUUGUUUAUUGUGCGCGUGUGUGCGUGCGUACGUGCGAGUUCAUGCCGUUUCGCCGUUGUGUGUGCUAGUGUGUGUGUCGGUGCGUACGAAGGACACUGUGGUACCUUCGAACAAAAGGGUCCAGUUCGAAGGAGGAGAUAUAGCAAGGCCACUCCGAGGGGGUGCCACGCGGGCGUGUGUGUGAAGCUGGAGUGCGGUGCACCGGUUUACGGGCCGGGCUUACAACGGGAAAGUGCAGUGGUACGUCGACCCACUGGAGGAGCUACUGAUGAUGUCCUCCCAUCAUCAUCUGCAUCACUCGCACCAUCAUCAGCACGAUAACAUCAUGUCUGAGGUGGAGGUGCCGGACGCGAACAUCGUGGAGGAGGUGGACGGCAGUGCCGGGUUCGGGGCGGAGAUCGACUACGAUCAGUACGGCGGGGUGGACGGCCACUACGAGGAGGUGACGUGCGAGACGGAAGACUCGCAGGGAGGGCUGAUGGGGCACCAUCACCAUCACCAUCACCAUCAUCACCAUCAUCUCGGGCACCCGGGGGACGACGACGAGGAGAUACUGCAGCACGAGCCGGACAUUGGGCAGGCGGUGCACGAGGAGGUGCUCGAUUCGUCCGGCGAUGCGCUGUGCGUGUACGGCGACAUCAAUCUGGAGAACGAAAUCUACAUCGAGUCGGCGACGACCACGCCGGGCCCGUCGUCCCGCAAGCGCAAAUCGCUCAAGCAGUCGCGCAGCGGCGGCGGCGGCGGCAUGAUGAACCGCAUCCGGGCGAACGAUGGCAACGUGCACCAUCACAACAGCGGCAGCCACCAUCAUCACGGGCUGACGGCGGUGGAGCAGCUGGACGUGAAUCACAAGCGGCGCCGGUGGGAGCAGAAGCAGGUGCAGAUCAAAACGAUGGAGGGCGAGUUCAGCGUGACGAUGUGGGCGUCCGGCACGGACGACGACGACGGCUCGAACCCGGAGAUCGACCCGGACUACACGGAGUACAUGACGGGCAAGAAGAUCACGCCGGACAGCUGCGACAGCAUGCCGGGCAUCGAUCUGUCCGACCCGAAGCAGCUGAGCGAGUUCACCCGCCCGUCCCACAAAUCGAAAGGCGGCAGUGGGGGCAUCGGCAGUGUCAAGCUGUCCUCCAGCGCAUCCAGCUUGCUGCUGGCGGCGUCCCCGGACGGCCCCGGCAUGAUACUCGGUGGCGACGGUGGCAGCAGCGGGGGCGGCGGCGGCGGUGGCGGACGGUCAUCCUCGGACGUGUCCGAUCGCAACAUUGCCUGCCCGCACAAGGGCUGCACGAAGAUGUUCCGGGACAACUCGGCGAUGCGCAAGCACCUGCACACGCACGGGCCGCGGGUGCACGUGUGCGCCGAGUGCGGCAAGUCGUUCGUGGAGAGCUCGAAGCUGAAGCGCCACCAGCUGGUGCACACGGGCGAGAAACCAUUCCAGUGUACGUUCGAGGGCUGCGGCAAGCGGUUCUCGCUCGACUUCAACCUGCGGACGCACGUGCGGAUACACACCGGCGACCGGCCGUACGUCUGCCCGUUCGACGGCUGCAACAAGAAGUUCGCCCAGUCGACCAACCUCAAAUCUCACAUUCUGACGCACGCGAAGGCGAAGCGCAACAGCAGCAGUGGCAGCAGCGGCGGCGGGGGCAGUAGCAGCCGACACCAGAGCGUGGCACAGGCGGCCGCCGCCUCCUCGCCGCAUCAUUCGGGCGCGGGCAACACCAUCCUGCCGCCGCAAGCCUUCGUCAAGAUGGAAUCGGUCGAGAUUGACAACGAUGCGUCGCAGUACAUUCUCUACACGGAUUAAACGCCAAGCGGGUGGAAGAGAAGAGUGCACUUGAGCGAAGAGGGAGAGAGGGAGGCUGUGGUGCACAGUCGCGUUUGUUGAUGCACACGCACGUUUUGCCAUUUAUUGUGUUUGAUAAGCGCUCGGCGCGCGCUAGGACAUGCUAGAGAGAGACGGAGAGAGAGAGAGAAUACAGUCGAAUUUGACCGAGAACACGCGAAAGAGAUAGCAACAGUGGUAACAAAACAAUUGUGAUAGAAGGGUAUUGAGGAUCACAACCAGUAGCCGAGGGAGUAAGCCAGUAGCGAAGGAAACAAAUAUCGCCCCAUGAUCGAUCAUUCACUCGAAGAGGAUAACAAAAAAGCGGUUGCAAAAUCCUUAAGCUUUCAAUGCGCAUUGCGUUGCGCACACCAACACACGCACGCAUCAUCGUCCUCUAGUAGGAGCGUGCUUGAAUGUGGUUUGAAGCACGCAGCCACUUUCAGUUUGUGAAGAAGAGCGGGAGGGGGUUUUGGGUGAUUAUCUAUCCUCGAACAGUUUAUGUGCUGUUUUUUGUGUGUGUGCAACGAAUUCCUCCUCCGCAAGAGUAUAGAGUACAAGGAAAUAGAGCGAUGUGCAUUUUGUUGUGGUUGGGGGCACUCUUGGGAAAUCCCAAAAUUAUUUGCACGCUACGCGGAUGCCUUGGACGGCCGGCAUCUUGGGGCGGGAUAGGCAAAGAGAGCAAGCGAGAGGAGCAAAGCGUGCGAUACAGUCAUUUUUAGUGUGUAAGGAUAAGUCUCUUUCUUUUUUUUAAGAAUUCCAACUUUCCUUGUACAUACACAAUCUUAAUUCCUUACCAAACCUACCUACCUAACUACCUACCUCCCGCGCAGCCCAUUUGCGGGAUAAGACGGAAAAGAACGAUGCGACAAACUACACUAGGCCGUGUGCGUGCAGUACAGGUACGAGCACAAAUGUCCACAAUGCGCGCACCUUCCACCUUGUGCGUUAUGCGAGAUUCAUCCUAGAGAUCAAAGUAGCAGUAGGCAGACCGGCAGUUGUUGCCUAGCACUGUUGUCUCCAUCGCGCCAGGCAAAGGGGGGAAGAUAAAAAGCAACCAGAGAAAUAGCAACACAAAAGAAAGAGAGAGAGAAAGCGAAACCCCCGAUUAUAUUUAGAUGUGCAUGUGUAUAUUUGUGUAAGGUAAAAACUAACAAACAAAAGAAAAACCAUCGAUAAGAAACGAACCGUCGUACGUGCGUGGGGGAGGAACAGAGAGCAAAAGCGAGGGGAUUCAUUAAGAAAGAUUUGUUUUAUGUACAAAAAUAUGAAAGCUAAUGUAUCCACGACACAGAACAGAAUAGUAUGAAAAUGAUGUGUGUACGUAAGGUUUAUUAGACGCAAAAAAGGGGAAGACAGAUAGAGCAGGGAAUCACGAAAGUAUGUACAUAGCAAAACAAACAAACAGCAGAAUCAGCCAUCUGAGCAGAGGAGGUAGAGUCCUCACCGCAUCUUCUUUCCGUGAAAAGUGCGAAUGUGUAUAUUGUUUUUUUUUGUUUUCUUUUGGUUUUACUAUUCUUUAGUUAGUGCGCACACACAAAACGGUAUACACACAAACACACCAACAAAUAGGAGUUAAUUUAAAAAAAAAAGAAAUUUCAUUUUGCAAUCAGACAAUAUAGGGAUAUAAGACACACGCAUCCAGCGCGCCGCUACCUUUUGUAAUCAGAACUCAUUUCAUCAUGCUCAUCGUAAUCAUCAACAUCAUUUAAUGCAUAUUAUCUAUUGCAAUGCAACACCUUUUUUUUCGAAUUUUUCCAUCUAUUAUUACCAUUUUUUUAAAUAAUUUUUGAAAAUAUGAACUCCCCAUUCUUAAGCAAAAGCGUCGCGCCCUCUAUAUGUGUUUAAAUUACGAACGUGUAAUAAUAUUGAGAGUAGUUCAGCAGGUGCGAAGCGGGCGGGGGUGGUCACAGGACACAGGAACGUGUAGUGUGAUUGUAUGGUUCUUUUUGCAGGAACGUUUCCUGAUUGCGCUUUUGAAUUAUAGGGCACACCCCCUCCCAGAACAGAAGAGGGUUAAGAGGAAGCGUGAAAGAGAGAGAGAGUCUCCUAAAGGAAAGUCGGGUACUUUUCAGAAAUAAAAUUUUCAAGAAAAAAACGUU